CUAUCACAUCAGACACAUGCAGACGCUGUUCCCUCCCUGCUGCAGCUCCGAGCAGCUCCUCGCCGGCGUCAUGAGCAGAAGCACACAGUUCUUCUUCCUCUCUCCUCCUGACCAGUGAUAUGAGAAGUUCAGAGAAGACGAGCAGAAGGAGGCAGCAAACUUUCCCCUGAAGGACCUCUCCACCUCCUCAGCGGCCUCGCCAUGAGGCAGAAGUCUUCCUCUUCCUCACCGCCCGGGCCAGCGGCUGUGAGCAUCCGCCUCUGGAUGCUGCUGUGGCCCCUGGUCUGGACUCUGGUUCUGGCCGAGGACUGGGGGAACGCCAGCGUCACGCCGCGGCCGGUGGAGUUCACCGGGAAUACGGUCCCCCUGCAGCCGGACCUGCAGACCGAAGCCCAGACGCCGGGAAGCACAGAGACGGACGUACAGACCGAGGCUCAGACCGAGGCUCAGACCGAGGCUCAGACCGAGGCUCAGACCGAGGCUCAGACCGAGGCAGGAGUGGAGAUCCAGACCGAAAUCCAGAUCGAGGCUCAGACUCAAACCACCACCAACAACUACACAGGGCUGUCCUGCACGCCCGUCCUGCCUCCACGCCGGGGCUCCUUCUACGUGGAGGGCGGCACCGGCGUCUCGGUCGGCAGCGUCUUGGCCUUCUGGUGCCGGGAGGGGUACCAGCUCGUCGGCAGCGACAAAAUCCACUGCAGCGUCAGGAACGGCAAACCACAGUGGAGCAACUACCUGCCUGUCUGCGAAGCGAUCCCCCGGCCGGAGGACCGGGGGCUGAGGGUGGCCGUCCUGGCCUCGGUCGUGAGCGGCGUCGUCAUCCUGGCCAUGUCCCUGUCCUUCCUCAUCUGCUGCCUUCAGGAGCGAUCCAGCCGGGACCGGGCCAAGAAGGAAGGGCGGAGCAGGCGCAGGGAGAAGCGCUCGGCCCGGCGCAGCGAGUGCUGGCUGGAGAGAGAGGAGGGCGACUGGGAAUCCUUCCCCCCUCCCAAGAUCUUCCACCUGUCCCAGAGGAUGAACCCCCGCCUGGCCCCCGACAGCCCGCUCUACCUGACGGGGGGCCUGGGCGGAUACGAGAACCGAGGAUACCAGAGGAGUCAGGAGAGUCUGCUGAAGGCCUCCCUGCCGGGACUGUACCGCUCCGAGUCCCAGCUCUACCCCCACGUGGUCCUGCAGAGGGUCCCCACCCCGACCGCGCCGUCCGCCCCCUCGGCGCCGUCCGCCCCCCUCUACCUCCACCUGCCCUCCUCGUCCUCCGCCGCCUCCUCCCCGGCCCACGGCCAGCCGCACGUCAUGGCGCAGUACCCCACCCCGACGUACCCGCCCAACCCCAGCACGGCCGUGCCCGCCUACCCGCACCCGGCGCCGGCCCCCAUCUACCCCAACCCCAACCCCACGCCGCAGCGGCCGUGGCAGUAGCUCCGUCUCCUCCACCCCUGGAGGGAGGAACCUCGCCGACGGGAGAAUCCCAGGCAGACUCUGGGAAUCCUUUGGGAAUCGACUGCAUGCUCCAUGAACUUCUGUAGUUUGGAAUCGGCGAGUGAACCUUUUCUCUGGCAACCGAGACACAAAAAAAAAAAAAAACUUCAUGUCGCCGGUCAAGGAAACAGCAAUAACGCAUUUAGGCAGCUCUGAGAACUGUUCCUUCUUCUCUGUCUUAUUGUAUUUGUUUGACGGCGUCCCGGGGUGCAGUUCAUCUCCUCCAGGCCGGCUGGAGCCAACGUGCGGCGGAAUGAAUCUGCUUUGUGGUAUUUUCCCCCACAUUUAGAGGGGGGACAAAAGACAUGAGUAGCAAACACACUGUGAUUAAAGUGUUUCUUCAGAAUGAACUGAACCAACCGUCUGUCUAAUAACACCAGAACAGUCUCUGUCUUUCUAUCUCAGCUUUUUUUCUCGUCGGUAUUUGUGUAACAUAACUGUUCACAGUAAAAGCUUGUUUUUUGUGGUCAAAGCCGGUCAAAUACUCAGACGCCGUUGUGGGCCGAGGAACUUAUUGACCCGUAUUUUCGUAAAAUUACCAUCGAUCGCAAGCGCGGGCACCCUGGAGCCCCGGGCGGACUCAGCCAAUGAGCUGACGAGGAAAAUCUAUUGUAAUUUUUAAGACGCCACAUUGCAGGAGGUUUCUGUUAUGAGUAACGAAGACGUGAGACACACUGUGAGACCGAGGCACGAAAACCUGCACUGAACAGCAGAGAAACCUCCUGAAACGGUUCCAUCGACUCUGUGCAAUGCCCCUUUACCGAUAGCAGUUUUAUUUUAAUAGAGGAUCUUUAUUAGGAACACUAAUUAAUAUGCACUUUAUUGUUUUUUUAACAGCCUGUACUGGACAGGCUUAGAUUUGUCUUUCGUUGUAAACUAUUUCUUGUACAGCGGUAAGACUGCCAAGAAAGAAAAUAAAGAUUUUUUUUUUUUUGGA